AUGAUAUGGGUGCAUACCCCUCUGCUCCUCUCCUAUCUUCCAGGCACUCGGAGCUUCAUGUCGGGUACGGCCAGCUCCGGCGCAAAAUGCGUCCGUACUGCAAAUACUCACACCGAUCACUCCACUGCUUCUUCUUCUCGCCAGAUGUCUGCUCCCGUUCCCUGUAACAGCAUCAAACGACCGGUCACUUCUACUCGUCUCCGACAGCCUGGAAAGCCCACACAGGGUCGGGCCAUUGCCUCCAGUAGAUCUACCACUGGCACUUUUGCCGAUCGUCUUUCGGUAAAAUUUAAACUCGAUAAACCGAAAAGCCUCGACUGGACUUCCACUCUAAUGGCCGAGUUAGAAGCGUAUGAGGACCCUAAAGCGUAUCUGUUCCAUCGAAUGUUUCAAGGUUCAGAGCUUGCUGAAGCCGUUACGGACGAUGUUUUCGAAUCCGUUAUAUCCCUGUCCUUUUCAUCAUCCCAUAAGACAGUUUCACCGCCUGGUGCGAAUGCUGACCCCGACCCUACCCUGCCAGAAGAGCCAUCUCAACACAACUCGUCCCUCCCCGUGCGGUGUACAGCCACACGUCAAAAGCCCCCUAACAUCGGAAACGUUGUAACGAACAGAUUGAAGGAGGUCAACGGAAGGCAUCCCGGCGAUAUCACCGCCGUGGCAGACGGUAUUACAACGGCAGUAAACCUCAAGGAAGGGGAACUUUCAUCUCCUUCGAAGCUCACUGCGAUACCCUCCGUUGUCACAUCUAGCUUAACAUCUCAUCAAAAUGUCCCUAACAGCACCGUAUGUCUUGCAUCUCCAUCCACGAUCUCGCACACAUCGCCUAUGCCACGGGAAAAACCGCUUCGUAUUACUGAUCAGGCGGAUACGUCAGAACUCCUCAACUACUCCUUGAUAGUGGGUGCAUCUGUGACUAGUCUUGCUCCGAGUGAUGCGGGCACCUACGUCAUCGCGAAGCACCACACUUUGACGGACGAGAGCUUUUUUAUACACCAUGAACCCGAACCUGAUUCCCUCACACCUCGUGGUAGUCUCGUAGAUUUGCUGGAAGUACCAGAGAUGCCUCAGGCUAGCUCUUCGACAGAUCCUAUCUCCGCAGAUUAUGACCCGGAAUCCUCACAAAUGACACGCAGGGAUCUCGUCUACCAAGGCACUGGACCAGAAUAUAUAGCAACCUCGAGGCAUUUAAACACCGACUCUGCUGUUAAUUCAAAUGGAAUAGUGCUCACAGAUACAGAGGAUACUGGCAUUUCCGUUUGUUCCUCAACCCACGGUACCAAGACCACCUUUCCUGUCGCGGAGAGGUACCAAGAUGAUCUGGAUUUGAAUCGAACAGCGCAUUCCCUUGGCCAGUUGGAUGAUUCUCUUCUCGUCAGUGCGUCUAUCAUCAGUUUGGCACCGAGUUGCACUGGAACCUAUAUUUUGGAUGUGGAUGACACACUUGCAUCGCAGGGCGUUCCACCGGUAGUGAUUCAGAGUCGAGAAGACCUGCUGCACUCUGUGGAAUCACUAUCACAACCUCGACUUCUGGCGGAUCCAAAGUCUAUUGAUGAUCUCACACCAGCGCAGGGUCAUCACUCUUCACGGUCCUUGCUGUGGAUGACCACAGGUGACCAGCGAGAAGACUAUGUUAUGAUCGGAUCCCCGCCUCAGCUACUAACGCCGCGACAUGUCUCCCACUUUGAUGCCAACGGUUUAACAGUAACGAACAGUUUGGGUGUUCCUCAUGAGUACAGAGGAUUUGGAACGGUAAACAAGGACUCUAAUCUUAAAUCGCCUCAGCCUUCCCCGAAAUCGCCUGAAGCCAUCACGAGUAGCAACCGCUCAGCUCCGGUCGAGGCUAAUCACGUUCCUCUGGAGCUUCACGGACAAUCGGAAAUUUUCCACAACAUCGGGACGGCAGUCCAAUCUUCCCAUCGAGACAUGAAUGCGCUACCCAGCACCACAAGCGGCUUUAACGGAUCACAAGCCUCCGUCGCAUCUGCUCAAUUUUUCGCCCAGGACUCAACCCACAAAGUCAAUUCCGAUGCUCUUUUAUCCGGCACGCGAUCGCGCUCCAGACCCAGUGCGUACCCCGUAAGGUUACCGCGUCCUGCGCAAUCUCCAACUCUAUCUUCCGAAUCCUCUUCACCCACGCAACAAUCCACCACCCCACCAUUUGCGGAUAAAUUACGCGAUCACAAAGUGUCUCCGCUUCUUUUAUCAACCACUGGCACUGCUUUGUCGGUGAUUGAACCGCUGGCUGAUAUACAUGACUGUUAUCAGGCACUACAUGCAUCCGUCAACUACCUGAUCCAACAAAGCGACGGUUCUGUGGGAGCUAGGGAACAGGGACCUCCAUGUGAGAAGUUGGGGCAUCAAAACCUUGAACGUCCCAUGAACGUCCUACGUAGCCUGAACAAGUGGAGCACUACUCGUGCCUCGAUAGCUCCAAUCUGGCGCAACGAUAUGAUACCACCACUAUAUGGUACUCAGAAAUUCGUCGGGAGGCAACACUGCUAUUGUCUCCAACGUCAGAGUACGGCGAGUCUGGACUCGGCAUUAGACGGUUUUCGUGAUGUGCUCGCUUCUGCUUGCGGGAAUCAUCCAGUCACUACCACUUGCAAUGGCUCGGCGUCCGUCCCACAACCGAGCUCACCGUUACAAGCGGGUAGCAGGCCAUUUCCGUGGCUUUUCCCUACCGAAAAUUCUGCCCAAGAAAAUACGAGCAAUCCACCAUGGGUGCACCCUUCUACCACCUCAGGUGGUGUUCAAAAAGGUAGUUGGUAUGUGAUCCAACCGCGGACGUCAGAUCAUAGCUUCCCGAGUUCAUCCACGAAUUUCCACGGUCGCGAUACCGCGGGUGUUGCAGCAACCUCUGAACCCCAUUCUGCCCCGCCCCCUCCAGAUAGCGCAGCAGCUUGCACCCAUGUGACCGACUCUCAAACCCUCACAACACAGCAGGUGACCCAAGGUUCGUUGCUUUAUUAUAACAUAAUGAAAAUUGUCCCCUCUGCACCUGUCUAAUGAAGCGCACUCUCUUCUUCAACCAUACCGAUCAAAUCGGUCGAAAGAGAUGGCCACUCCUAAAGACAAACUUCCUUCCUAUCUAUCAUCGAGACUGACUGAAGUGUGCAACCUGCAACUUCCGACUGUCACCAGUAUGUUAUCAGCUCAGGGCCUUAUCCUCUUCAUUUACAUGCCGAAACUGAGUUGAACCCUGAAAUCUACCCUACGCGAACACGCAGGCGAUUACAAUGAACUGCAGGACACUGUAACCUUACCGGAUACGCACUGCGUCUGGAGCACAGUUGCGUGCCAGAUAAAGGAGCAGUGUAAUGGAACUCAUGGGGAUGAGUUCUGUGAGGAAAACUGACUUGAGGACUGAGCCACUUGCGAGGAAGUGGUAAGUAAGCACCUACCAAAAAUAGAAACUUCGGCAAACAAUGAAAUCGCGUUUUGUGCAUACGUGGUGGAAGAACCUAGGUGGCGAUCGCCCGAACCGAAAACCCUAAAGAUCUAUGCCAGAAGAUGAGUGCAAGAGCCAAACUAUUUCGCUAAUGUGAUGGAACGAGUAAGAAAGCAGAGGCUUAACAAUCUUCCUAGGAUGACUAGAAUGAGAACCACAUCGUAAAAUGUAGAAAAUAGGGAUAAAGGGGAAAUCGUUUUGGUGCACUCUGCACAGUGUUCACAUAGGAGUAUGCAGAAAAGAGCCAACCUCCAUUGUGUAGGAUAGUGUUGCUUGUGCAAUCUUCAUCACAUUUUAUUGUCUGUCGAUGUACACAGGCUAUAUCUCGGAAUGUAGGUUUAUUAGUUAAAUGUCAAGGCCUUUUGGGAGGACGUUCUAUAUCUGGCAGACACGAAGGGAGUAAAACUUUCACUGAUAUUCUAAUCGACUUUAUUGCGUGGUCAAGUUGAGCUGAUGACCCCUCAAAUUCGUGUUGUGACUGAGUUGCAGUAGGUGACGGCAAAUAUAGUUGGGGUUCCUCAAAAUCUGAUACGCUAUUAUUAGGCCGCCACUUACUCGCUGAUACCGACCGUUGUGAAAUCUCCGAGUCUUCAGCCUAAGUUGAUAUGGAAGAUGAAACGUCCCUUUGACGUGUUUGGCGGCUCUUUGUUGUGCAGUCUCGAGCAUUGCGAGAUCUUGCCUUUUUGUAGGGCUGCCAGGCCUGGAUUGCGUAUUUCACAUGUGGCCACACGCAUAUGUUAAGCAGCUGCGAACAAACAGAUAGAUCAAACCGCACGAAUACCCUCCGCAGCGUGCCAGCGUGUUGGUUUCCAGUCUUUCACGCCUUCUCAGAUUGUUCUGAGCAGCCCAUAUCAGCGUGAAUUAUUACCUCAAGAUCGCGCUCCCGAGUGACUGUUUGCAGGACAUGGUCUCCAAGCUUGUAUUUGUUGUUUGGAUGGUGACGAACGUAGGUGCCCUUACACUUAGACGAAAUAUACUGGAGCAGAUUUUGGAGUAACCACCGAUACGCUCUGUCCAUGUAUAACUGAAGUGCAUCGUGACCUGCUGGGUCCGCGCUCAUCCGCCAUAUCUUCACAUCAUCAGCGAACGGUUAGAAAAUUAACUCAAUCAAACGCAUGAGCUUGUCAAUGAACACGAGAAACAGACGCGGUCCUAGAAUUGACCAUUGUAGAACUCUACAUUCGACAUAAAUCGGAUCGGACAGUGCACCUCAAACUCUAAACUGCAGUUGCCGACUCUCCAGGAACUUCCUGAUCCACCCAAAGAUACGAUCCACAACUCCAUAACUUUCGAGCAUGUGAAGCAGAUUACAAUGGUUCAGUCGGUCAAAGGCUUUGGCGAAUCCGAGCUAAAUGGUGGUGGUCCCUUUCCCUUCAUCAGCCGCUUCCGUCCUAUUACUGCUUAUACUCAUUGGGUCAUCGUCAUCAUUAUAAGGUUAGCUAGAGGUGGGAAACACCUCAGCUACUGUGCCAGAAUACAUAGAAGAAAAAAGGAGAGAAAAAUGCGACUCCUGCAAGCCAGCUGAGCUACCGGUAACGCAUGGGCAUCGUUCCCAUAAGCUACCAACCGGCUACUGUGCAUCAAACAAAAUUAAUAUGCAAAAUUGUAUAAAGCUAAAUCGUGAGAUCGUGGAUGGAGCGAGGGGCUAAGAGGGAUGGGGUAGUACAAAGAAACAGCGCGAACGCCACUGAUAUCGGUUCCUAGCCAUAUCAACAAGCGUAUCCAGCCAAACGCGUUCAUCGUCUUUCGGAACCCAACCAGAGAGCCG